CGCCAUGAGAAACGGUGCUGCAGUGAAGGUGCCUGGAAAGGGCUGACCUCAAAACCAAGAAGAGAAGGAUUGCCACAGUUUUCGAAGAGCCAAUAGUCAAACCACCACAGGGAGGGAGGCCUUCCACUGCCAGCAUGAAGGAAGCCACUGAAAAUGUCCCUCUGGACUGUGCUGGCUGGAGCCAGACCAAGGCCCAGGAUACUAUUUUUUGCUCUGAAGAAGAUAACAGCCUGUAUUUCACAUACAGCGGAAAAUCAAACGUUCUCGAGGUCAAAGAACUCAACUACGAGGUUAACACGGCAUCCCAGAUUCCCUGGUAUGAAAAUCUUGCGCAGAUGAAAAUGCCCUGGACCUGGACAUCAGAUCCCCAUUCUCACAUGUCAAUAAUCCAGAAUCUGAAUUUAAAAGUUCAAAGUGGUCAGAUGCUAGCUAUUAUAGGAAGCACUGCUGGUGGAAAGACAUCCUUGCUUGAUGUGAUAACCUGCCGUGAUCAUGGAGGCAAAAUCAAGUCUGGUCAAAUCACGAUCAACAACAAACCCAGCACUCCCCAGCUUGUUAAGAAAUGCAUAGCACAUGUGCGGCAGGAUGACCGACUGCUCCCCCACCUGACUGUCAGAGAAACACUAUUGUUCGUUGCCAAACUGCGCCUUCCAAAGUUUUUUUCAGACUCACAAAGGAAAAAAAGGGUAGAAGAUGUUAUAGCAGAACUACGCUUGUGUCAGUGUGCAAACACCAGGGUAGGGAAUGAGUACCUCCGUGGCGUUUCGGGAGGUGAGAGGCGGAGAGUGAGCAUCGGUGUGCAGCUGCUCUGGAACCCGGGAAUACUCAUACUUGAUGAACCCACAUCUGGACUGGACAGUUUUACUGCACAUAACCUUGUGAUAACAUUAUCCAGACUGGCCAGAGGAAACAGAUUAGUUCUUCUUUCACUUCAUCAGCCCCGGUCAGAUAUCUUCCAACUGUUUGAUUUAGUUCUUCUGAUGACUUCUGGAGUCACUGUCUAUUCUGGAACAGCUAGAGACAUGGUCCAGUAUUUCACAGAACUCGGCUAUCCCUGCCCAAAGUACAGCAAUCCUGCAGAUUUCUAUGUUGAUUUGACCAGUAUCAAUAAACAGACUGCAGAAAAGGAGAUGGAAAGCCGAAAAAGAGCAAAUACUCUUGCCAACUUGUUCCUAGAAAAAGUCAAAGAUUUUGAUGAUUUCUUAUGGAAAGUUACUGACGGAGACAAUGUUGCAACCACAUUCAGCAAGCAAAGGUCCCAUUUAAAUUCAGAAGAGGCUAUCAACAUGCCCCACCAUUCAAGUGAUCAGUUACCAGGAGCCUUAAAGCAGUUCACUGUAUUAUUAAGUCGUCAAGUCUCCAAUGACUUCAGAGAUCUUUCAACAUUAUUAAUCCAUGGAUUUGAGGCCCUUCUCAUGUCAUUAUUAAUUGGAUUUUUGUACUAUGGCCAUGACAAAACCAGACUCUCUAUUCGUGACACGACAGCACUGUUGUACAUGAUAGGUGCACUAAUCCCAUUCACAGUGAUUUUGGAUGUUAUUGCCAAAUGUCAUUCAGAAAGAGCUAUGCUUUAUCAUGACUUGGAAGAUGGAAUGUACUCUGUUAGUCCAUACUUCUUUGCUAAGAUUUUGGGGGAGCUCCCAGAACACUGUGCUUUUGUUAUAAUUUAUGGGGUUCCCAUCUACUGGCUGGCAAACCUCAUUCCUGAACCAGAACAUUUCCUGCUGAACUUCCUCUUGGUGUGGCUGGCUGUCUACAGUGCCCGCGCGAUGGCACUUUGGGUGGCAGCACUGUUACCGACGUUACAGCUUUCAGCCUUCUUCGGCAACGUCCUUUUCACAUCAUUCUACCUGAGUGGUGGUUUUGUGAUAAGCCUAGAAAACCUCUGGACAGUUCCAUUUUGGGUUUCUAAAGUCUCUUUUCUCAGAUGGAAUUUUCAAGGCAUGAUGCAAAUUCAGUUCACUGACCUCACAUAUGAAAUGACUGUUGGAAAUACUACUUUUCAAAUACCAGGGAAACUUGUCACCCAGGCUCUGGACCUGGACUCCCACCCUCUCUACGUAAGCUACCUCGUCCUGGCGGGUAUCGUCUGCAGCUUCCUGCUCUUGUACUACUUACCUCUGAGGUUCAUCAAGCAGAAAUCCAACCAAGACUGGUAA